AUGGCAACGUCUAUAUCCCCAUAUUUUAAGCCUUUCGAUACUCGAGGCCCAAUGGGUGUACUAACUGUUCUUGGAGGGAGAGUAUUGAUGGAGAAUAAUCACUUGGGAAGAGUAAGCUCCCUGAAGGUGUUUGAGGAAAAUAAUGGGUUGUCAGGUGUUAACCAAAAGGUUGCUUCAAAUUGGGCUCAGAUUAAAUGUUCAGCCAACUCUCACAGUGUCAAUCAGUAUCAUAAUAAAGACCCAUUUCUGAAUUUGCACCCAGAAAUUUCAAUGCUUAGAGGUGGAGAGGGGAACAACACGGUGCCUAAUCCGAGGCAGGAUAGUGCAAGUGGGAGUGUCACCGAGAGCUUAAGAGAUUCGUCGAGUUCAAGUAAUUACAAUGAGGCUAGGAUAAAGGUUAUUGGUGUUGGAGGCGGUGGGUCAAAUGCAGUUAAUCGUAUGAUAGAGAGUUCUAUGAAGGGUGUGGAGUUCUGGAUUGUUAAUACUGAUAUUCAAGCGAUGAAAAUGUCACCUGUGUUUCCUGAGCAUCGGUUACAGAUUGGUCAAGAGCUUACCAGGGGACUUGGCGCUGGUGGGAACCCAGAUAUUGGCACGAAUGCUGCGAAAGAAAGCAAAGAAGCCAUAGAGGAUGCAGUUUAUGGUGCAGACAUGGUCUUUGUGACUUCUGGAAUGGGUGGAGGAACGGGCACUGGUGGGGCUCCUGUAAUUGCAGGGAUUGCAAAGUCAAUGGGUAUCUUGACUGUUGGUAUUGUAACAACACCCUUUUCUUUUGAGGGACGACGGAGAGCAGUUCAAGCCCAAGAAGGAAUUGCAGCUCUGAGAGAAAAUGUUGACACCCUGAUUGUCAUUCCAAACGACAAGUUACUAACUGCAGUGUCCCCAUCUACUCCAGUAACAGAAGCAUUUAACCUGGCUGAUGAUAUUCUUCGACAAGGGGUUCGUGGUAUCUCUGAUAUAAUUACGAUUCCGGGACUAGUGAAUGUUGAUUUUGCUGAUGUGCGAGCUAUUAUGGCCAAUGCAGGUUCAUCAUUAAUGGGAAUAGGAACUGCAACAGGUAAGACCAGGGCCAGAGAUGCUGCAUUAAAUGCCAUUCAAUCACCUUUGUUAGAUAUUGGUAUAGAGAGGGCUACUGGAAUUGUGUGGAAUAUAACUGGUGGCAGUGAUCUAACCUUGUUUGAGGUAAAUGCUGCAGCAGAGGUCAUAUAUGACCUUGUCGAUCCAACUGCCAACUUAAUAUUUGGAGCUGUGAUAGAUCCCUCGCUGACUGGCCAAGUCAGUAUUACUCUAAUUGCCACUGGAUUCAAACGCCAAGAAGAAAGUGAUGGAAGAACCAUCCAGGCAAAUCAGCUAGCCCAGGGAGAUGUCACCCGGCGACCAUCAUUCACAGAAGGUGGUUCAGUGGAGAUCCCGGAGUUUCUCAGGAAGAAGGGACGCUCACGCUAUCCAAGAGCCUGA